CUUUUCAUAAAUCGGCACUUUCUCACUGGAAUCCCAUUAGUCAAACUUCGCAAUAUGGCGACAGGACAGUCUGGGGAGAUGGAGAGGAUAGAAAAUACCAGCCGAUCUCUUCACCCUGGCUUUGGCAAUGAUAAGUAUUCCCUGCUUGUCGUCAUCGGACAGCACAGUCGCUCCGGCCUAGUGGAAUACGUGCUGGAAGAGGUCGAAAGAGGUAUUCGCUCCUGGGAUGUGAAUCUGACGACCUGUAACCUGGACGAGCAGCUGAAACUGUUUGUGUCAAGACACUCGGCCUCCUUCUCUGAGGAACUCAAAGGCCAGAGAACGCUGCAGCAUGGUGGAGACGUCCUGGAGAGCCGGGUGGUGGUGAACCCCUCCCACGCGUACGUGUGUUCAGAGGUUCGUCGGUUGAUAUCCGAUUCAGCUCGUCACAAGCUGCUCAUUCUUGCAGGACAGUGUGUAGAGGAGAGGGGGGAUCUGGUCUUGCAAACAGGGUGCUUCUCUCCCCAUGACUUUAUUCAGAUUUUUACAGAUGAAGAGAUUGGUGAGCUGUUGAGCUCUGCGGACCCGACACAGAAAGCUUGCCUGACAUUGAGUUGUCCUAACUCUGGUGUAUGGAAGAAUUCUGUGUUGGAGAAACACAAUCUACAGGACUUUAUUGAGAUCAAAACCAAUCCAUCCUCAGUGUUGCCAGAGAUGGAAGGCCUGCAGGAGUUUACAGAAUAUCUUUCGGAGUCUUUGGAACCUCAGUCUCCUUUUGAUCUGCUCGAGCCCCCUAGCACUGUAGGUUUUCUCAAGCUUUCUCGUCCUUGCUGCUAUGUCUUUCCUGGAGGGAGAGGCGAUUCUGCCUUUUUUGCUGUGAAUGGUUUUAAUGUCUUGGUCAACGGUGGGUCAGAUCCACGCUCCUGUUUUUGGAAGCUUGUGCGACAUCUGGACCGGGUUGACUCUAUGCUGCUUACUCACAUUGGGGUUGACAACCUACCUGGUGUGAACAGUAUGUUGCAAAGGAAGGUUGCUGAGCUUGAGGAGGAGCAGUCUGCAGGCUCCCAAGGCAACGAGGACUGGAUGAAGAAUCUCAUAUCACCUGAAAUAGGGGUAGUUUUCCUGAAUGCCCCAGACAGGCUCAAAGCAGUCCCUGGGAAUCCCAAAGUACUACAGAGCUGCGACCAGGUGGCACUCACCUUACAAUACCUGGAAAAAUUAUCAAUCACACCAGAACCACUCUACCGCUCUAACAACUCUAAUAUCGAGCCAAUCAUUCUCUUCCAGAAAAUGGGAGUUGGUCGCCUUGAGAUGUAUGUCCUCAACCCUGUCAAGGGCAGCAAGGAACUGGAGGCCCUCAUGCAAACUUGGCCUCAAAAUGUGUCAAACACCAAUGGCUCAGAAUUCCCUGUACCCAGCCAGGUCUCCAUCUGUGCUCUGCUGGUGUGGCAUCCUGCAAGUUAUCAUGAAAAGAUUAUUCGAGUCCUGUUCCCAGGUUGUACACCUCAGGCUAAGAUCCUGGAGGGACUGGAUAAACUGAAGCACCUUGACUUCCUUAAGCACCCAGUAGUAAGCCUCAAAGAUCUUGAGGCAUGCAAAUUAGACAAGCCGCCAAAACGAACGGAGAGUCGGGAAAGCCUGAAGUCGGCAACCAAAGAGUCUAGACCAGCAAGUGCUGCCCUAAAGGAGAAACCUGGACGUGUUGAUAUCAAGAAGCAAGAUUUAAAGGGCAAAUCCAAAAUGACAAAUGACUUUGCUCCAAAAGACAGCAAAGAAGGUGAAGAAAAACACAAACCAAAGGAUAGUGAUGUAAAGCCAAAAGUGGUAAAGGCUGAAAAGCCUCUAUCAAAGAGAGAACCUUCAAAGGAUGAUAAGAAGGAAGUCAAAAGGGAGGAAAGGGCCACAGUUGUCGCUUCUAAAAAAGAAGAGAAUGGAGAAAAGAAGGACCAAACCAAAAAGGAGCCACCUUCAGUGAAAUCCAAGAAGGAAACAAAGGUAGAACCAAAGAAAGAACUCAAGAAGGAAAGUAAGUUCGAAGAGAAGAGACUGAAAACCCUGAGCAAGGAGGUGAAAAAGGUACCAGGAGGAACUGUUCCUUCAUCUUCUGCUCUGGACCAAAAGAAAAAUAUAGGCAAAAAUGGGGCAUUAAAGAAGGAUGGAUCUGGCCCAAAGAAGGAAGCUAAUAAAGGGGCUAAAUCCAAAAAGGAGAAAGAAAGCCAAAAAGCCCCUCCUUCCACACAAGAGGAUGCAGAUCGCUCCAAGAUGUCCACACCAGAGGAUAUGACGGCGGAGUUUGAAAAGCUGCGAGAGGAGAGUGCGCAGGAUGACGCAGGCCCAUGUAGAAUAAGCAGAUGUAAUGCAACAAAUGAAGGGGCUGCCACAAUAGGAAGGGCAUCUUCAGAGCAGGGAUCGUCUAAGAAGUUGGAGGAUCGUUGUGAGCUUGAUGGAGCAAAUGUAGGGGAGGCAAAUGAAAAUUUAGACAGUCCAGAGAAAUUCCGCUGCAUGGAAACCAUUAGCAAUCCUAUCAAGGCUAUGGGACCACCCUCUCCUCUGGCUAAGACUCCAAAAAGUGACCGCAGUGUUAACUUUGACCUCACACCCACAGAGUAUCGGUUACUUGAGGGAGCCCUGAAGAACAAUUUGAUAAGAAAUGGCCAAGAUGAUGCAUGUGCCAGCUCUGACGAGAAGACUCUUGAAUUAGUCUCUCCCCCAGGUUCAAGUCCAAACAGUGCUGGACAUACACCUUUUCAGCAGUCUCCCGAGGCAGAACCCCUAGGGUCUGGGGAAGACAGUAGCCUUGGUGGUAAAAUAUCUAGCCUGGGGUUUGACGACAGCCGACCCAAUGGAUCCUGUAGAAACUCUGAGUUGGGAUGCCCUAAAAACAACAUAGAGAACAAUUCCUCCUCCUCUCUGGAGAAGCACUCAAGCUUCCUGUCAUUGAGCCCUGUAAAGGACAUGAUACCCGAUGUUUCCCCUACCAUUACCACCCCUUCCUUGCCAGCUGAAGUUGGCUCCCCGCACUCUACAGAGGUUGACGAAUCUUUAUCGGUUUCUUUUGAGCAGGUACUUCCACCACUUAAUGAGUCACCUAAGGAAGAUAUGGAUGUCAGGCCCUACUCAAAUGGGCACUACGACUUGGACUCUAAAACGGGAAUGUCCUUGCCUUUGAGGGCGUCUCAUAACAUGAGGCAACCAGGCGAUGGCUCAGAGGGGCGCUUCUCUGGACCACAGGACUUUAUCACAGACAUUCCUCCCCAUGAUGUCGAUUUGUGUCUGGUGUCCCCCUGUGAAUUUCAGCAUCCCAAACCUCCUGAGAACCAACGCAUUCCACUUUCUCCCGGGCUGGCUAACCCUGGUUCACGUGAUCUUUCCGAUGACAGUGACCUCUCCCAGGAGCUGGCGAAGCCACUUGCUCAGUGUUACGCAGUUGACGAUCUGCAUUCACCCCAGGGCCAAGAGACACCCCCAACAUCUGCCAGUGAGUCCCUGCCCACGGCUUCGGAGUCUGAUGUGCCUCCAGGCACCGAGGACUGUCCCUCCAUCACUGCAGACUGCGGGCUAGACUCCGACGAGGACUCUGGGGGCAAUUUCCCACCCCACCAGCCACAUGACCAUCUCAGAUCUCGCACGUCUCAGAGGGGAACUCGUCACUCUUCCCAAGAUCCUCCCCCUGCACCCAUGAAGGACUUGCCCCCGCUGCCCCCACAGCCUGGUGCCUGCAUGGCUGAUCCUGAGGCCGAAACACAAGGCAAAAAUGGGAAGAAUGUAACUACAAAAUCCAAGAAGCCCACUGGAGGCAUGCAGAGAGUAAGCUCGACAAACAUCUCCACACAGAACAGCAAGACAAAGGCUGGCACCUCAGCCCCUGCUAGUGGGACUACGAAAUCGAGCUCUAAUGUUGACACGAGACCUCCAUCACGCAGCACGGUCCCUGCUUCCAAAGUGGGACCCAUGAGAUCUGCUACAGCCAGCUCGGGGAGCAGUAAGCCAAAUGUGGGGGGCAGUACACCUGUUUGUUUGGACCUGGCCUACCUCCCCUCUGGCUGUGCAGCUGCCACUGUUGACGUCGAGUUCUUCCGCCGUUUGCGUUCCUCUUGCUACAUCGUCAGCGGGGAUGAGCCCCUCAAGGAGAACAUUAUGAGGCCCAUUCUGAAUGCACUACUGGAAGGCAAAACGGCCUGGUCUACUGUGCAAGUGACUCUGAUCCCCACCUUUGACUCCGGAACCAUGCAUGAGUGGUACCAGGAGACUCAUGAGAGGCAGAGGGAGCUGGGCAUCACUGUCCUUGGCAGCAACAGCACCGUGGCCAUGCAGGAGGAGACCUUUCCUGCCUGCAAAGUGGAGUUCUGAUGGGAGGGGAAGGUCUGUGCAUUAAAAUGCACCCUCCCCCCCCCCGACCCACAGUGGCACAGUCCCUCCCUCUCUCCUUCCCUCUUUUAUUGUGUAGCAACUGCUCUCCACUCCUUCACAAACCCCCCUGUUCCGUCAGGGUGUGUGAUCUGUAACCUGCGAUAUAAGUUUUCUGGGGGGUGGGGUGAUGAUCAUUUAAGGGGGGGGAAUUGAAUAUGUGCAAUCAUGCUACUCUUUGGUAAGCCUCAAAGUGAACUGGCCAAAUUGGUAAUGAUGAUAAAACAUUGGAACUUGUGUUCUCUUUACAUGCUGUAGACGCUGCUCAAUGGAUACAAGGCGCAGCACAUGCAGAGUAACACAUUUGCUGACGUAUGUACGCACACACACACACACACACACACACGUGCACAUACAUAUGUGUGUCAUCCUCAACGAAAGGCUGACCUGGUUUCCUGUUGAUAAGCAGCUCUCGUUUCAGCCGGUGCCUGACCGUGCCUUGUUGGGCUGUAGAUCUUAAGGGUGUCAUCAGUCACGAGAUGUGUGGGACAUCUGAAAGUUCUUUCCCAUCUUCCACCGCCUGAGACUGAGAAUUUCAGCCAUGUCACGUCGUCUUUUAUAUUAAAAAUAAAAUUUAAUUUCACACAGUUUAGCUGUUCAAAAAUGAGGGGGGAAAUCUAUGAAUGUGUCAAAGAAUGUUUAUAGGAUGUCAGAGUUUGUGUGAGGCUGCCACUGGUGUGUGGGCUCGGCAAAGCCACCUCACUGACUGUUCUGUGGCAUUUUGAGGGAGUUUUAGGUUCAAGUCCGUGUACAGAGGUCUCUCCUGUGAGGAUGUCAGAUUUCUGAAACGCCUGCAAACUACAAGGUACCCAACUGGGUCUGGUAUAGAGUGAAAAUGCUGCGGUUUUGUGGAAAUGAUGAAAUAGUGAUUACAGAUGACAAGUUUGGUUUAUUUGGAUGCUAAAAUGUUUUUUUCUUCUUCCUGAUAUGUGUAAAUCAACAAUUUUAUAUUCAUAUCCUGUGACAGCUUUCUUUGUUUACUGUAAAGUUGUGCCUACAAUUCAAGGAUCCGAUCAACCUAAUACGGUACCCGAUUGAGUGUUUAGUGUCCUCGAGUGAGAUGGACACGUAUCAGGAGAAAAGCAAAGGGAUGCCUCGUUCUUCUCUGACACGGCCUGAUGCAUCACACUGUAGGAUGUAAGCGGCUUGUGCGUGAGCCAAGAAUCGUAGCCUUUAGCAUGUGUUAGCUAGAGAAUUGAGAAAGCAUGCUGGGCCUCCCCAUCAGCACUCCUGUCUGCACUAAGAUGAGGGUUUUUCUUUUUUUUUUUUAAAAAAAAAAACUCGCCCACCUUUUUGAAUAACUGAAGAAAUCUGUUGUGGGUUUGUCAAUCAGCAAACAAUGUGGGUUUUUUUAUUUUAUUGAUGCUUGAAAUGGUUACUGUUUAAGCAUGCUGAACUUUACAUGUGUAGUUUUCAUUUCUCCAUUUACUUUAGAUGAAGACUCUCUUAUGGGCUCUCACUACCAGGCCUGUCUUCUAGUAUUUAUUGAGAUGGGAAUCCAUAAUCUUACGAUGCCUCCAUGUUCCUGGGACCUUUCCUGAAUUCUGGGACCUGCCUUGUUGGGAAAAUGCAUUUAGGUUUUUUUUUUUUUCCUCUCAUUCCCUUUUUAAACGUGAACCUUUUGAACUUGAUUGAAAUUCAGAUAUCAGUUUAUUUAUUUUCUAAAUUAUUACCUUUUUUUGGUCAGGAUUAACGCAACACUAAUGCCUACCCUCUAAGAAGUGAUUCUAUUCUUUUGGUUUCCUGCUUUUCAUUUUUUAUUUUUUGCUUAGCAGCAUCUUAGAACAAAAUUCGCUUUCACCUGUGAAAUGCCACGCAAUAGUAUUGUAUGUGAUACUGUAACCUAUGCCUUUAGCUAAACUGUAACUGAACAUAAGUGCAGCAUUUCAACUAUUUUAUAUUCACAAAGUUUUCCAACUGUAAUUCUGUUUCUACUGCGCAGUAAGCUACCUUGUUGAGUUGGCUGAGGCUGGCAGUCUUCUCGGUUGCUGUGGCAUGUUUUGAAAGUGGUUCAGAAGAAUGAAAAUGUGUGGAUGCUCUGCCCUCUAAUGGCUGUAAGGCGUAACUGUCCUGGAAUAUCUGCCAAAUGCAAAACCAGUGACUCUAAACCAGGGGUCUCCAACUCUGGUCCCGGAGAGCUACUAUCCAGUAGGUUUUCUGUCCCACUUGACUUCUGAUGAGCCACACCUGUUCCUGGUAUUUACCUGACAACAGGUGUGGCUCAUCAGAAGCCGGGUAUGAUAGAAAACCUAUUGGACGGUAGCUCUCCAGGACCAGAGUUGGAGACCCCUACUCUAAACCAUGAUGUAAGUUUGGAUUUUUGUCGUCUCUCAGUGGUACAAAGGUAUUAGUAUCUGGACUGUGUUUUUUUUUUUUUUUUGCUGCACUGUGUGCUUGGACCACCGGGGCCCAGCCAUGCCACCGGGGCAGCCACAGACGACUGGACUGCUCCCUCGUUUUAUUAUAGCACAGCUAACCCUGAGGUCGAGGUCCACCAGCGUUUCCAAAAAAACAGAAAAGGAAGGAGACUUCAAGACAAUACCAAGACCCAUUUCUCAGUAUUUUUCCCAAAUACUGUGCUUUACAUGUGGAAUGUUUUUGGCUUUGGAGCUUAAUUCUGCAGAUGUUCUUAUUGGACGACUGAAACUGCCACAGUUGCCGAUUAUCCUGAAGGAGUGCUAGCAGUCGUGGAUGUAUGAAGGCAGAUGAUGCAGUAUUUAAACACUAAUGUUGUCUUUUUCUUUUCAAUAAAUAUGCUUGUUUUAUA